ACAUACACGCUGCCACUUUGUACGCCGUAUCAGUCCAUCAUCCAUCCAGUCUGUGAAUCAAGUUUGAUUCCAGCAUUGUCAUCAUGUAUCCUGAUGAGCCGAUUGGUGGCGCUUGAAGGAUGAUGCGCUACGCCUAAUCCAGCUAGUCCCGGUCAUGCAGCAUUUGAGAUGUUGGGCGGCUCCAUGUUCUCCAUGAUGCCCUUGGGCUCUUUGCCAGCAUGGAGGUAUCGGUGGAAGAAUUGAAGGCCGUCUUGAUGCCGUUCGAAGCCCAGAUCGCGGGUCACGGCUCGGCCCAAGCCGACGGCCAGCACGCCUUCCUCAAGCACAAAGACGGCAAGCUCCUUAAGCCGUUCCAAAAGCCGCCCAAAGGGACCCGUGAAGUGGCGUUUUAUCGCGGGGUUCAGGCUUCGGACGAACCCGACGAUGUGGCCAUUCGGGCCUGGAUUCCUCGUUUCCACGGCACGGAAAACAUCGGUCAAGUCGAUGGGUUGACCAGUGGCGAGCAGUUCCUCGUCCUGGAUGAUGUCUUGGAAGGCUUGAGCUCGCCCAACAUCAUGGAUAUCAAGAUCGGUCGACAGACUUGGGGUCCGGAUGCGCCGGUGGCCAAACGCGAUCAUGAAGACCGGAAGUACCCAGGCACGAAGGCGCCCCUGGGUUUCAGCGUCCUGGGCAUCAUUAUUCAUCGCAUCAAGGACGGGCACGCCCAAGGUGAAUCCAUCAAGUACGAUCGCACGUUUGGCACCAGUCUCAAAACUGAGGAUGUGCAGACCAUUCCCAAAGUGUAUUUCGACGUGGACAACACGGGCCUCGUCCCGGCCUUAGUCGAGGUGGUCGUGAGCCAAAUGAAGGCUCUUCUAGCCGUGUUUGAGCGUCAACGCAAGUACCUGAUCUACGCCAGUUCGAUCUUGUUCGCCUACGAUGCGGAAGUGGUGCGGCAGUAUCUCGUGGAUCAAGAUCGAGCUCGCUUAGCCCGAGGCGUGAACCUGAAACUGAUCGAUUUCGCCCACGUGUUUCCCUCCGAAGGACAACCCGAUGAGAACUUUGUGUCCGGGUUGAAGAAUCUGAUUGGGGUGUUCGAGAGCUUUUUGCCCGAGGAGAGCCGCCUACCGCCGGUCAAAUCCGACUAAACCCUGAGCCUACCCGUCCACGGAAGCUAUAUAUAGAGAUAGAUAGAUAGAUUCAUUCAACCCAGCUAUUCAGUGUGCAUGUGUUAUUAAUACUGUUAAUAUAACUUUUAUCAUUCAAUGUCUAUGGGGAUUUUUCCAUUUUCAUACCAAUGCCGAGCCUCUUUCGUUUCAG